AUGAUAACUUGUUUUUGCGCCCAUAGAGUUAAACGGGUGACGGCAGCGCCAACAUUGUCAUCAACCCUAAGGGCAAUCAUCGCAUUCAAAGUACAACACAGGGAUUCUUCAUCGCUCAAAGUGCUGAUGAAGUCAAACGGUGAGACAUUCCCUCCCAUAGCCAUCGCACCCACACCUCAACACCUAUUUCUCAUAAAUCUCGCCCUUUGGUUUUGCAAGAGUUGUCACGACGAUGUGAAGGACGAGAAGCUGAUCCGGAAAUGCAAGUGCAAGAAUCUUGGCGCUAUAUUUAAGAAGGGAGUGAGAGUUGUUCAGGCAGUUCAUAACAAUACAGCCACCAGACAAUCAACUGACAGCGGCUAUGGUUUGAAUCAAACCUUAGGAAUGGCUGACGGAAACAUGUCUUCGCUAUCAUUACAUCCGACUAAUACUCCCCCAGAAAUACCCAAAAUUUCUCGAAAACUUAGAGGUGACAAUUCCGGUGAUCCGAGCGAAAGCAUCCAUCUGAUUCCUCCGACAUCGACCACAUCUGCCGGCGGCCGUCGGGCGGCUCGGAAUGGCAAACACGUGACGACUCCUCCGCAAAACAGCGCUCACAGCCAGUCAUCCCAUCCGCGCAAUAAAGCGCUUCCAUCACAACAACACACACAACACACACAGCAUUCACAGCACUCACAGCUUUCAUCGGUCGUGCAGUCAUCGCAAACCUUGCCAUCCGCGGGACAGUUGCUCUAUAAUCAGGUCCACUUGGCCUACGAGGUCAAGAAACUCAUGCCGGCGGCACAGCGCGCAGACCAGACGAGCGGCACCGGAACCACCGGCACGACGAGCGCCGGUUUUAUCGAUUCAAAAGACUUUGAUUUCGAGAAAACUGAGAUGAAGUACGACUCGACCGGAAUGUUUCACUGGUGUCCCGCCCGACCCAUCGAGGAAUGCAUUCUCGAUCGCAAUCAGGCGGCGAUGACUGUCCUCAACGGUCACGUUGUUGUCUGUCUGUUCGCAGAUCCGGAUUCACCGCUCAUUGGUCUUAGAAAUUUGGUGAUGCCGUUGAGAGCCUCUAACUUCCAUUACCACGAACUCAAACACGUAGUGAUUGUCGGAAAUGUUGAUUAUCUGCGGCGAGAGUGGAAAAUGUUGCAGAACUUGCCUAAGAUUAGUGUAUUGAACGGCUCUCCCCUAUCGCGCGCCGAUUUGAGAGCCGUUAACAUAAACUUAUGUGAUAUGUGUGUCAUAUUGUCGGCAAAGAUUCCCUCAUCAGAUGAUCCAACAUUAGCCGACAAAGAGGCCAUUUUGGCGAGUCUUAACAUUAAAGCCAUGACUUUUGACGACACUAUUGGUGUCAUAACUAAUAAUGCAACCAAUGGUAUGGCCAUUGGGAACACUAUUCCGGGGACUUCUCCCCCACCACUGGUUGUGCAACGAAGAGGAUCCGUUUACGGGGCAAACGUACCUCUGAUAACAGAACUGGUAAACGACACAAACGUUCAGUUCUUAGAUCAGGACGACGACGACGAUCCGGACACUGAGCUGUAUCUGACGCAGCCGUUCGCCUGCGGAACCGCUUUCGCCGUCUCUGUCCUCGACUCUCUCAUGUCGACCACAUAUUUCAAUGCAAACGCAUUGACGCUAAUCCGGUCGCUGAUCACCGGUGGCGCCACUCCAGAGCUGGAGCUCAUCCUAGCGGAAGGCGCGGGUCUUAGAGGCGGUUAUUCGACGCCCGAAACGCUGAAGAAUCGCGACCGCUGUCGAGUCGGACAAAUCAGUCUCUAUGACGGACCUCUCGCUCAAUAUGGAGAAAGUGGCAAAUAUGGUGACCUCUUUCUGGCAGCCCUUCGCUCAUAUGGUAUGCUAUGUAUCGGUAUUUAUCGCUUCCGCGACACGAGUGGAGUGGCAGAUGCGUCGGCCAAACGAUACGUUAUCACUAAUCCUCCCAACGAAUUGAUCCUAAUUCCUAGUGAUAUGAUCUUUGUUUUACUGCAAUUUGAUCCGGGAUUGGAGUACUAUAAGGCGGAGAGGGGUCACAACCCGGGCGGCCAAAGGGCCCAAUUGAAUGAACACAUAAUAGGCAAUAAUGCGGUGACAAAUGUGCCGCAAACACAGGCCGGUCAGCCGCCCUCUUGACAGAUACUUUGUAGCGCCUUAACGGACGGCCCCUACUCUUUCAUCUAAACCAUUAGAUGCAAGGGUAGGGUCUGUACCGUUCGGGCGCUACACUCAUAACAUUAAGACUUACAACGAAUCUGUUAUAAGUUAUAUAUAAGUUAUUAACGAAUAUUUUCAAAGAUUACACGAAUACACAAAACCCACUCCUCAUAAAUUUCAGUCAAAUAAUGUACAUUUGAUUGCAUUGAAUGUUGAGAUUAUUAUUUUGAUAACUAAUACCAAUACACAGAAAACCGAAAUAACAAACUCUAACUAAUGUUGUCGUCGAUAUUAACUAAAUAAUUAAACAUUAAAAAACUGUUGUAAAUGUUGUUAUAAAUCGUUGAGAGCCUCUGAUAAUAGGAUUUCAUCAAACAAUUAAAUACACAGUCAAACAAAAGUCAUCCCAAGUUUUUUCAUUGACUUCUAGGCGCAGCUAUUUUUACAUAUAUCUAUUUAUUGCUCAUUAGAUCUCUCAUCCAUUAUUAGCUCAUUUAGAGAUUAAAAUCUAUAUUUAAAAGACGAAAAUAAUUGUUAAAAAAUAAAAUAAUAAUAUAAUA